UCAUAGACGCCUCCCACCAUCGCUUGCCCACUAUGGCUGGUGGUGCAGGUAUGAACCGUGCGCGUCAGUCGCACAAUCCAGAGUCUGGCCCGCCCCAGGAAUUUGGAAACAAUGGAAACAACCCCAGUAUGAACGCUGCUGGCCGUGGCCCUCCACCCUAUGAUGGUCCUGGCAGUGAAACAUCCCAGCAAGGUGGUCCUCGGCAGAAUCCCUUUGCCCCUGGCUUGGGUUAUGAUCCUGCAAAGCCGGCUGGUCAGAAGGAAUCGAUGAUAACUAAUACGCGCAUUGAAUUGCCUUAUGCUGCAUACGCUUUGGAUACCACGGGUCUACAUCGGAUGAGGUCUCUCUCUCGGAGAGUUUAA